AGAUUAUCAGAGUUCAUCGAAGUAAAAGUAACAGACAUCUGGCAUAAUGGUAUAUCUUCCACUCUUACUUCUCUUUGUUAUGAGUGCUUAUGCUAACAACUGCUCCCAGGUUCUUGAACCACUUGGUUUAAAGAAUACUGGAGCUCAAGCAGCGCAUGGAAGCCAUUCUCUAACCUUAAACAUGAUUCAAUACUUCUUCAAUCCAGACGCAACAAAGGACAAUGGUAUUCCAACAGUAAACCUAAACAGAAGUGAGAAGAAUGAUUUGAAUGAGAAUGCACAGUACAUCACAUUGGAGAACAGUUUCUACAACCCCGCAUUUUUUGCCCUGGAUAAUAUUCUCAGUAACAUGGAUCAUGAAGAGUAUGGGAUCAUGAAUGCCAACACAUUGGAUCGUUUAGCUCAUGAUCUUCAUAUGAUCCAUAUUUGGGAAGGAGCCGCUUUGUAUUACCAAGAAUUGUUGGCUUUUCCUCCAAACCCUGAUAUUUGCAGCUGUUUUCUUUCCACCUAUCUAGAUGACAUUAAAGCCCAUCUUGAGUUUAUAGCUAAGGAGAUUAGAAUCCCGAAUGAAAUAGCAGCUAAAUAUAACAAGAAGGAAAGCAGCAAAGAGCCUGCAGCACACUAUGGAGGAAUUGUAUAUUAUGCUGGAUGGGUGUAUUUGGGAGAAUAUGCUGGUGUUAUUUCUCCCCAACAGCUAGAGGCUGCAGAUGUUGGAAGGAGCGGGGGAAAGAUAAAUCAGGAACAGAAGCUAGAUCUUUACAGUUCAAAUAUUGUUGAUGAGAAGACCUGGGAUAACUGGAAGGAGCUGAUGAAAGAACCUGAAGACAACUCUAUGAUGGAGAAUAUGAACAAAAAUCUAGCUCUCUACCUUUACUGCAAACUUUGAGUUAUUAUUUAGUAUCUCUAAAUUGAAUUAUUAUGGUUGAAAUAAAUUUGGCAAAAUUUGA